UUCGUUAGGAUAUCGUUACCCAAGCCUGUUAACACAAGCGAGUUACACUCAUGCAUAAUGCUCGCAUACAUUCUCAUACGCGUAUCAUAUUCACGUCUCCAACAUGGGGCAAAACAUAUAAAUAGUGUUUUUUUUUUUUUUGGUUUAUUAAAAGGAAUUUUUGUUUAGUGACCAUGAGAAUAUCGAAUGAAUUGUGCCGCGGAUAAGAAUUUAAUACAAUUCGUAUAAUUAGAUAAGACAUAGGAAACCAUCACGAGGUCGAAAUGACUCGAUUUGGUUUACAGUGAUUAUAACCUAAAAUCACAUCGUAUUAAAUUCGCUGUUAUUGUUGAUCAGCGAAUCCAACUUGUAUUUGUAAAUAACCUUAGUUACGCAGGUUUUAAUAAAAUUUCCGGUCUAUUAACAAGCAACGAUUCUGUUGCUCAUGUCUUAAAUGUUGAGUCUGACGCUCGAUACAAUUAACAUAUCACCAUCAUCGUCAUCAUCCGCGGCCGCGUUAAUACCUGGCGGCGAAAUCGUUAUGUCGGGGGAUCACAAAACUGUCAUGAAAGGAAACCCGUCGCAGUACGUCAAAUUAAACAUUGGCGGUUCCCUUCAUUACACCACCAUUGGCACGCUCACCAAACAUGACACUAUGUUGCGAGCUAUGUUUAGCGGUCGGAUGGAGGUUCUUACAGAUUGCGAAGGCUGGAUCCUAAUCGAUCGGUGUGGCAAGCACUUUGGCACGAUCUUAAACUUUUUGCGGGACGGUUCAGUUCCGCUACCUGAGAGUGUGAAGGAGAUGGCAGAGCUGCUGGCCGAGGCAAAGUAUUAUUGCAUCGGCGAGCUGGCUGAGUCGUGCGAACAAGCGCUCCAGCGGAAGGAGCGGGAGGCUGAACCCAUCUGCAGGGUUCCACUUAUCACCUCCCAACGUGAGCAGCAACUCCUUAUCAGCAACACAACAAAACCUGUUGUUAAAUUACUGAUUAAUCGUCACAACAACAAGUACUCUUACACGAGUACAUCAGAUGACAAUCUGUUGAAAAAUAUAGAACUGUUUGACAAGAUGUCGCUCAGAUUUAGCGGCAGGGUUUUGUUCAUUAAGGACGUAAUUGGGUCGAGUGAAAUUUGUUGCUGGACUUUUUAUGGACAUGGUCGUAAGGUUGCCGAAGUUUGUUGUCAUUCUAUCGUCUACGCGACAGAUAAAAAACAUACAAAGGUUGAGUUCCCGGAAGCGCGUAUCUACGAAGAGACGUUAAAUAUCUUACUUUACGAGCAUCGAAAUGUACCUGAUCAGGAAUUAAUGCAGGCAACAUCUUCACGUGGUGCUGUGGGAGGAGGGCCUCCUUGCACUUCAGACGAGGAAGAAGGAGAACGAUCGGGACUUGCCCGACUGCGAUCAAAUAAGCAAAACACUAACUGACCCCAUCCGAAUCACCUGAUGUCACCCCAACCAGCUAUUCUCAAUGUAGUUCGUUCAUUCAAAACACGAGCCAACAAAUAACCUACGAAAACGAAAAAAAAAAAAAAAACAACUGUU